CAACGCCUUCUUUCGCCAAAGGAAAGAGAGACUGUAGAAGCCUCUAGAACCUUCUUUUUAAUAAGCAGGAAGCAGAAGCUGGCCGGCAAUGGAGCGGGUGGCGGCGCUGGCGUCGGAGCGGGCGGUGGUGGUGUUCACAGCGAGCAACUGCAGCAUGGGCAACGUCGUGGUCUCGCUGCUGAGCAGCCUGGGCGUGAACGCCGCCGUGCACGAGGUGGACAGGGACCCCCGCGGCCGGGAGAUGGAGCAGGAUCUCGCCAGGAGGCUCGCCGGCAGCAGCGGCGGCACACCCACCGUGCCGGCGGUGUUCGUGGGCGGCAACCUUGUCGGAGGGACGGCCAGGGUCAUGGCGCUGCACCUCGCCGGCGAGCUCGUGCCCUUGCUCAGGAGCGCCGGCGCGCUCUGGCUGUAGGAUCACGGAGCGAGCGACGACGACGUGCAUGAACGCGUUGCAUGCGCAUGCAACGAUAGCUUUCUUUUUUUUUUCCUCGUCGAAUGAUGCACAUACGGGGAUAAAAGAGCUGACGAGAAGAUGAAAACAGCUGAUAUGAUGAUGUACAGAAGCUGAACUCUGCGUGAUCAAGGCCAAGUUUUUCUUCCUUUUCUUUUUCGUCUUGUGCCGAUGAUAAGAAUAACGAAGCUGGCGAGUAGUAUACGGUUUAAACAUGCCGCGCGCAUAAUGUUUUUGGACCUUGUUUGUAAGAAUGGAUUGGAACUAAUUUA